AUGUCUUAUGUAAUCGGGAGUAACAAUGAGAACGAGAUUGCCCUAGCCUGGUGGUGGAACAAUGUGCUCAAUUACUUCGUCGACUAUCGAAAGCUAUACGUGGAGACCAUCGGGAAGACAGUGGCGGCCGAAGACCCGACCCGACCGUACCUGACGUCGAGUCCGUCCAAUGGGUUGGAGAGUCAGAGCGAGAACUAUACGGCCAAACAUCCGGACGACUGGCGUUACGGCGAUACACAUUAUUACAGCGACGACUCACACCUCUGGGACUGGACUACACUUCAGUCGCCAAAGUUUGUCUCGGAAUACGGCUUCCAAUCCUAUCCAUCCAUUGAGUCACUGCGGGAAGCGUUUGACGACAAGGACCUCAUCUACCCGUUGACCGCCGCUGUCAAACACCAUCAGCACAAAGGCGACUACGAAGACAAUUUUAUCAUCCAGCAUAUUGCAAUUAAAGUUGGGGCAAAAGUACCGGGAAGUAUAUACUCGGACCUCAGGAGAGCACAGGUUCUCAAACAGGACUUAUUGUAUGAGAAAAAUGAUGUCAACUAUCGAUGGGUUGCUUACGAUAACUGGACGUAUGAGCGCACAUUCACUGUGGAUUCAAAAUUACUAAACAAGAAAACAGUGAACUUAUUGGCCAAUGGUAUCGACACAGUUAGCAGUGUUUAUAUUAACGACCAAUUGAUCGGCAAAACAGACAAUCAGUUCGUGAGAUAUGUCUGGGAUGUGAAGAAAGUGUUAAAAUCGGGACAAAACACAAUACGACUGGCCUUUCAAUCGGCGCCGUUGUAUGGGAAACAAGAAUCGGAAAUUUUUUUCAAUAAAUACAAAUAUAACGUUAGGCCCCCAUGUAAUGGUGGCGAUGCCGCCCACGGAGAGUGUCAUGCUAAUUUUAUCCGUAAAAUGCAAGCAUCGUAUAGUUGGGAUUGGGGCCCGGCGUUCCCAACACAGGGUAUUUGGCAGCCCAUAGGCAUUGAGGCCUUCGAUGGUAUUCUCAUCAGAGAUAUCACUAUUGAGACGAUUCCCGACCCGAAGAAUACCAGUCAAUGGACACUAACUGUUAAUGCAUUCUUAGAGUCGGCACCGAAGCAAAAAAUGGAUGGCAUUUUGAACAUUAAAUUAGAUAAUAAUGUUUUAAUUAAUAAACAAAAACAAACGAUUGAAACGAAUGGUCAGGGAAAGGCUAAAAUGAUGAUUGUUAUAUUUAUCACUGACAUCCAAAUCAUCACUUGGUAUCCAAACGGUGUUUCAGACAAUACACAGAAGUUAUAUCAACUCAAUGUCCAAAUAGAUGUUAAUCAAGAAGUUACGACACAAACCAAGAAAAUUGGUUUCCGAACCAUUAAACUGAUUCAAAAUCCCGUAAAACCCGAAGGCCUCACCUUUUACUUCGAAGUAAACUCAAAGCCCUUUUACGCGAAGGGAUCGAAUUGGAUCCCAACCAAUGUCCUGAUGGAAGACAUUACUCCCGAUUACAUAAGACAUCUCUUGGGAUCAGCUAAACGUGCGAACAUGAAUAUGAUGAGAGUGUGGGGCGGAGGGGUGUAUGAGUCGGACCUGUUCUACGAGUUGGCCGACGAGUACGGGAUUAUGAUUUGGCAGGACUUCAUGUUUGCCUGCGCUUUAUAUCCGGCCCACAAAGAGUUCUUGGAUUCAGUUAACAAUGAAGUGAUCACUCAAGUCAGGCGUAUUCAACACCACCCAUCCAUAGCUAUUUGGUCCGGGAACAACGAGAAUGAGUACGGAUUGAAAUAUUGGUGGUAUGACGUGAAGAACUAUUGGCCAGAUUAUAGGGCCCUAUAUGUGAACACUAUCGGCAAAACACUGGCCGCAGAGGACACUACCCGUCCGUACGUGUCUUCGAGUCCGUCCAACGGUUUGGAGACAAUCAAAGAGAACUACACCUCUAGUAAACCGGAUGACGAACUGUACGGCGAUAUUCACUAUUACAACGACAACUNACUGUACGGCGAUAUUCACUAUUACAACGACAACUCCUCCCUCUGGGACUGGACAUCGCUGUCGAGCCCCCGGUUCUCCUCGGAGUACGGCUACCAAUCCUAUCCAUCCAUUGAGACACUGCUGGAAGCGUUUGACGAAAAACACCUGACCUACCCGUUGACACCCGAACUCCAAUGGCAUCAGCAUAAGGGCACCUAUGAAGACGAUAUCAUUAAUUAUCGUAUUGGGUAUUACAUGAAACAACCGUCGAGUGGAGGGAUCGAUAGAUUGAGUGAUUUUGUCUAUUCGUCGCAAAUUCUUCAGGCGAUGACAAUGAAGACGUGGACUGAGUUUUAUCGCCGCAACCGUGCGAUUGAUCCCAAGACUGGCAAAGGAAACACAAUGGGAGCCCUGUAUUGGCAGCUCAAUGACAUCUGGGCGGCGCCCACCUGGGCUUCCAUUGAACACAACGGCAAGUGGAAAGUGUUGCACUCGUAUGCCAUCCACUUUUUGGCCAACCAUUUGGUCUCUCCUUAUGAGGACAGGGAUAAGAGUCUUAAGGUAUAA